AUGGAGUCCCUCUCCGUCGACGAGCAGCAGGCUGCAUCGUCUUCGAGUACUUCACCUUCUGCCCCUGAUACUCGCCCUACCUCCAUCUCCCCUCAAAAGCGCCGCCGCGUUGAAGACAGUACAAACGCAGCUCCCCAUGCCUCUCUUCUCAAACGCAUGGGAGGGCCAUCAGCAGGAAAGGCUGGCCUCGCAUUAGACCAAGCAGAGAUCAAUCGUCGAAUCUAUGAGGCCUCAAAGGGGUCCAAGUACUUCGAGAACGAGCGUCGCAACGAUGAGCGGAUCACGCGCAAAGUAGAAGCUAUGCUCGCCAGAAUGGACGAAAGGCUUCGAGCUGUGCCUGAAGGCGGUCCCGAAUGGCUCGCGAUCGAAAAGAAGGCCGAUGCUCUUGCUUCCAAGCUAGAGUCUACAAGAGACUUGAGCAGGCAUAUCGUGCACUGCGACAUGGAUCAAUUCUAUGGGGCCGUCGAGCUCAAGCGGGACCCCUCGCUCAAGGGCAAGGCGUUCGGCGUAGGCAAGGGAGUGCUAGUCACCGCCUCGUACGAAGCGAGAGCGUAUGGCUGCCGAUCAGGCAUGGCGACGUACAUCGCCGAAGCACUCUGUCCUCACUUGAUCACAGUGCCCAAUGAUAUGCAAGCAUACGUGGCUGCAAGUCAAGACGUCAUGUCCAUCUUUAGGCGCUUCGACUCGAAUUUGGCACAGGCGUCGCUCGAUGAGGCGUAUUUGGACGUCACGGAUCAUUGCAGGAUCAAUGGAGUAGGGGUGGACGAUACGAUUGCUGAGCUGCGGAGGCAGGUGAGAGAGGAGACGGGCCUGACGGUAUCCGUGGGCGUAGCGCCCAACACCAUGCUGGCCAAGAUAGGCAGCGACAAGAACAAGCCUGACGGGCAAUUCAGGCUGGAAGCCACCGCAUCAGAUUGCAUCGACUUCAUGCAUGCCCUCCCUGUACGCAAGGUACCUGGCGUAGGUCGCGUAACGGAGCGCAUCCUUCAAGCCCUAGGCGUAGAGACUUGCGGGGACAUUUGGCGUCUGCGAGUACGCAUCGCUCUCGUCCUCGGAGAUGGUGACCUGGAGUGGCUUCUUCGCUACAAUCUCGGAAUCGCCUCAUCGAUAGUAGAGCCUGGCAAGAGGGAGGAGCGCAAGUCUGUUGGCCGGGAGCAUACAUUCCAGCCCACGAAUGACCCGGAGCGACUAUUGGAGCUACUGCGCGAAUCGGCAGAUCGAGUGGCUGAAGACCUCAAGAAGCUAGACUUUGUCGGCAAGAGGGUAACGCUGACCUGCAAGGCGGCAGACUUUCAGCGCUUCACCCGUGACCAGACGCAGACGGGGUACGUGUCACAGGCAGACGAUAUCUUCCGUAUCACGCGAACUUUGCUGGAGCACGAGCUCAAAAUACAGCCAGGCUUGAGCUUGCGGCUCAUCGGAGCGAGAGUGAGCACCCUCAAGGACGUGCGC